GUCCGUGCUCUUUAUCCACACGAGCCACCCGGUUAGAGGAGCACUCGAAAGGGAGCGCGGCAGAGCCGGUAUCGAUCUGAGCGUUUCGUGUGGCCGCUCGUGCACGACGUUUCUCGGGAUAUUCGCCUAGCGGUCGCCGUCGGCGCCGGCCUUGUAAACAGUGCAUUGCACGCCGCGUUUACCUAUUCCAUCCGCGCGAUCAUGAACGCCGAAGCUAAUUAAUAUCGCGGUGGACGCAUCUGAAGAGUGCCCAACUCACAUUUCACUUAACUUUUGAUAAAUCUCGAAAAGCGGACUUUACAAAAGAAAUCAAGAUGGGCUGUUUCGUCAGCAAAGAUAAACUCACCAAGGAAGACAUGGACUUCCUCAAAACGCACACAUCUUACGAUGAGACCACUAUCAAAGAGUGGUACAAAGGCUUUAAGCAAGACUGCCCGAACGGGAGGCUGACGCCAGCUAAAUUCGUCGAUAUGUACAAGAUGUUCUUUCCGUCUGGAAAUGCAGUCGAAUUCUGUGAUCAUGUGUUCCGCACAUUCGACAUGGACAAGAACGGCUAUAUAGAUUUUAAGGAAUUUCUGCAAGCGAUUCACGUUACAUCGAGUGGCACGCCUGAAGAAAAGCUUAAAUGGGCCUUCCGUAUGUAUGAUGUGGAUGGCAACGGAGUCAUUGAUAUCCAGGAGAUGACCAAAAUUGUUCAGGCGAUCUACGAUAUGCUCGGUGCAUGUUCGAGUAACCGCCCAGCCGACUCCGCCGAGGAGCGUGCCAAGAACAUCUUCGCUAAAAUGGACGAAAACAAUGAUGGCCAGCUCACGCAAGACGAGUUCCUCAAAGGCUGUCUCCAAGACGAAGAGCUCUCCAAAAUGCUCGCCCCUUAAGCGGGUUCGGCUUAUGUAGCCCGCGGCCCGGUCUCACCACCCACCCCUUCACUGUCCCUCACGAUAACCCGACGGCGUGCGUAGACACGACAGCAAAGUAUGAGGCGUAAAGUAACACGGUUACACGAUUUGACGUAACCGCUAAUUCUUUUUGGUGAGAGAUAUACGUAUAGAGCACGGAUUAAAAACAUAAAUCAUUUGUAAAUAUUUUUCAUAAUUUACGCACACUAUUUAAUGAUCGGUUUAUUUUAACACAAUGCGUGCUAUCCAGUCAAUUACUAAUGAUUUUUGAGAUUCGUUUUAUUUAUUGUUACAAAAUGUAUUUGUUAUCGAUCCAUUUGUAUUUGCAUAGCGACGUUUGUCUUUCGGCGAGUAAUUAUUAAGUGAUAUUUGUGUGGCUGUCGUGUCAGCAUGGUUAACUACGAAGUGUACACAGUACCCGUGAUAAUUUUCAUGGUUAGCGCAGCGGCCGCUAUCUGAUAUCUACACUCCCGUGAACAACGCGACUCGUGGGAAGUAUUAUAAUGCUGAAGUAUUUUGUAAUAUAUAUACUUACUAAUAUAGAAUACGGCGAGAGUGGGUCUCGAAUGAUUAGAAAUCAGAGGCGAUGAAUUUUAUCGAUAGCGAUAGCUGCGCUUCCUCAUUGAUAUCAUCCACACCGAGCUUUCUCCAAUACGUGUUUACUAUAUAUUUGUGAAAAGAUAUUUGUACUUAGCGAAUAUUAAUGUAACGAACAUAAAGUCAAUGAAUUCUUGAAUAUUAAAAAAUAUUGAAAUGUCCAUUCCUAUUUGAUAAAGUUAAUGUAUGUGAAUGAUAAUUGUAUAAGAAGUAUUACAUUUCUGUCGCUGUCGGAUUGUCCUAUCCUAUAUUUAAAAAUAUUGUAUCCGAACAACUCGCCUUUCGCAUAGGUCUAUCGCUCGUAGGUCAAAUUCUUCACCGUUCAGUCUUAAUGUCCUUUGACACACAUUAUUACUACCUAAUAUUUAGGAUCGAGCAGACUCAGUGCCCGCUACUAACUUAAACGUACAUAAUAUUAUGUAUUUCGCUAUCAGUAGUCACGAGAUAUCCUUGGCCAACGAGAGACGCUUGUGCUUAUUCGAGACUUUCGACAGACUUGCGUGUAGGCACAAGAGCAUUUAACCUUGACACAAACCUAUCAGAUUGGUUUCCGGAACAUUACAAUUACAAGAUUUAUUUGAUGUAAAUCAAUGUUCGAUAUGCCAGCUUUAGUUUCAAUUCAUUCAUUCAUUAUCAACUAUAAAUUUAGUUGAGUAAAUAUAUUCUUAAUUUUAUUUUUGUGUGCUGUUUUAUUAUCGACGUGAGAUGCGCGAUAAUAUUUGCACACUGACAAAAACUAGACAGCUGCGUUUGCGACGCUGUCACCGAAGUUAAGAGUAUACGCUCACGUUACAGUUAUCGCGAACGCACUUUUCCAUUUUAGAUAUUACUCGAGACGUGUAACAAGAUUGCGCAUACUUUUUUUUAUUGUGGUAUUCAAAGCUAAGUAAAAUCAAUAUCUGAUGGAGUUAGUGCACUACCGGUCAUUUUCCCUACCUCGUCAUUUUAGUUAUCUAAUUCAUCAGUUUCAUCACAUUUAUCAGUUUUCCUAAUUCGGCAAUGCCAACAAAGUCGUAAAUUCGUCAAUUUCCACAGGUAAUUUCUUUGACUCGUCAUCUGUCAUUAUACGGUAUAGUCACAAACGGUCUAGGAUACAAAAUCUCCACGAUAUCAAGCAUAAUUUGUACAAGAUUUACACAAUCUUCAUACUUAGAAUCGUACCUCGAUUUUUUAGCGCCACCUAUUAAAUACUAUCAUAACUACACUGAUGAUGCCUACAAAUUUAUUUUUUCCAAAAUGUGUAUUGACGUGAUAUCAUGAUAUUGAAUAAAUAAGCAUGUCAUUUUUUCUUAUAAAAAAUAAAAACACGCAAAAAUAUUUGGGAAAAAUACGAUUUUAGCCACUUCUUGGUUGCGAAACAGUGCCAUCUAGUUUUAAGCCUAAAAGGUCCAUACAUUUCAGGGGUACGUGUUUUUGUAUGGGCUUUGUCUGUCCCGGUAUUAUGUCGUCCGACGAUAUUAUCCGUUUUAUAUUAACUUGCGCAUGAAAAUCAGGUUCAAACAUUCUAAAUACAUAAUUGUAUGUACUCCAACUGUAUAUUGCACGAAUGACAGGUGACGAGUCAAGGUGCAUGACCAGGGAAUUGACGUAUUAACGAUAUUGUUUGGCAUGUGCGAAUUAUCGAAAAUGUCGAAUUAGGAAAAAUUACCAGUAGUCCACUAGUUCAUUUGGUGAUAAUUUAGUCUCCUUGAUUGAUAACAUUGGUCAAAUAGUUUCCACACUACUGUGCCUUCUAGCUCUCUUUGUAAAUAGUUAUCAUUAAUUUUUUCAUUCAUCUACAUAUUUACUGUUUCCUUACGACUGGUAACAAGUUCACUUUGCUGCAUUUCAUAGUUAAUUAUUUUCUUGGAUUUUUAAUGAUUUAUCGGGAUUUACUUGAUGCAUAAGCAUUUUUGGAUUCCCGUUGAUAGUAGUCUUACCAACCAAUCGCAUUAGUAGCUGACCAGCAACAUACAUAUACUCAUCCCUUUCUUCGGGAUGAUAAUGCUAGCGUAAGAAAAAUAUAGUAGGUACUAUACUAACUUGUGAUUAUUUCGAUUCUUCUAUAAAGACAUGAGUGGUUGGCCAUACUAGGUAUGUAUUACGCAUUUACUUAUACUAAGGGGUCGCAGUAUUUUGAAUAUAUAUUAAGUUAUCACUACUACUUAUAAUUCCAGUUAUUGUUUCGUUUCAAUCUUGAAUAUUUAAGUUUUCUAGCCGCAGAAAACAGGUUAAAGUACAAAGUAAACGAACGCACAAAUUGCUAAGAAAAGCAACGGGAAGAACUCGCACUGCAGUUGAGAUUGUUGCCUCUGCUGAACCUCUAAAUCUAUAAACUUGGUUUUUGCUGACGAGUGCAAACGUUUUUUAGUCUGCCGAGUGUUUAUGGUCUCCUAAACAAACGUACAAUGUUUUUUUUUUAAAUUGUGAUGUUAUAAUACUUACCGAAUUUAUAAUGAAUGAAUACGAGGUUCUAUGUAGUUGCCUAAGGCACAAAUCGAAUGAGGAUUAUUUUUUAUGAUAAUUUUAAUCUUGGUAUUCUUGUGAUCUAUAAUUCAAUAUCUCUAAGACAAGAAAUUAAACAACACUUCAAGAAAAUGGGAAAAAAUAUUAAGCAACUAAACGAAUUCACAUGAAUAUCUAUUGAAAGUCUAAAAACUGCUUGUAUUGAGGAACGGUCACCGGGUCUUUUGAAAAGAAUCUAUGUAGAAUAUUUUAUUAAAUGCAUUCCAAAUACUUUAUAAGUCUGACAAUACUUUACUCUUUAUUACAAGCACCUUUUUGAUAGAACUGCAUUAAAAUAUAUAUUUUUAGGCCGAAUGGUACCGGGCAUUCAUUCAGAAUUUCAUUCGUUUUUAUAGAGUCCCUUUGAUUUAAAUCACUUUAAUAUCAAUAAUAUUAAUAAAACGGUCCAUUAAGGUUUACCUACUUUUAUUUCAGUAUCUAUCGCCAAUUUUUAAGUGCGGUAAUUAAUUAUGUUGAGUACGGCCUACGAAAGUGUUGAUAUUUUUUUAUUAUAAAUAUUAACAGCAUCUUCUUAGAUUUAAAAAUACCUAUGUUCCUUUAGAACGUGAAUUUAAAUGUGCUCAACAUGUUCUUACGUCGACUAUUUCUAGUUACCUCAAGAUUCAAGCUGACAAACCAUGAUGAUUAUAUAUUUAUGCCGUAGGAUUUUUUUAUGUACAUCACCGACGUGUUGUAUAAUUAAACAUUACUCAGAUUAGUAUUAUAUUUUCAAUGGUAUGUUAUUUUCAAUGAUAUUACACAAAAAUGAUAUGACUGAAUUUAUAAAACUAGGGAAGAGGGAUCAAUGAUACUCAUUCGGACCUGAAAAUAGCUCGCAGACAGGGUCUUGUGUAACAUAUCACAGCAUUAUUUAAUGGUUGGUUUUAUUCUGAAUGCUGUAUAAAAACUUGCGAUUCAAUCGCAUGUAGGUACACUCGCAAAUACCUUCCUAUUUAGUUUCACACGCUCACUAGUGAUUUUACAUAUGAAUGAAUGAAUACAUAUCUCAUCAAUUGAGAAGUUACACUUCAAAUUGUUGGUCAAUUAAUGUCAUCACUCAGUUGUGUCAUUAUCGCGACCCAAGCUUAUGCGCCAGUGAUUAUAAUUGUAUUACAAAAACUAUUAGUUAAGUAGUCAGUAUUAGUAAAAUUAGUUGUAUGUACUUACUCGUUCCACAUUACUACUUUUCUAUCUCGCCACUCAGAGAUGUGUCGGCCAUCUUUAACUUAAUCACUUGCACCUUUACAGCACGGAUCUAUUAAGGCGGUAUUUGUACUUAACUAUAGAAAUGUCUCAUUCUGUAGUAUAUUAAUGUCCAUCUUUGCUUUUCUAUUGUGUAUGCUUCAAAAUAUGAAUGUGCCAUGUAUGUUGCCAUAAAUAACAUAAGCCACAAUCGAAACAAAAAGGCGAUUAAUGAAUUAUUAGGACAUUACAAUAAGCAUAUUUAAAUUAAUUUUUGGAAGUUGUAAAUGUGCUGAAAACGCCACUCUGUAAAUUCAAUGAAUUGUUGACCUAAAGAAGGUACACGAGAGACGCGAGUCAAUUGGUGCGUUAUAAACCGAUGUAGAGCGUCUUUAUUAUGUGAUAAAUAAAAGUAAAGCUAGCUAUGCAGUCACUAUGACAGUCAUGCCAGCUAUACAUUAUUGUAUUUUAAGCAUAAGUAUUUGAGUUGCAGAAGCUACAAGAAGCAUUUAGACAUGGAUAUAGCCAAAAUUACUCUCACAUUUUACAUAUUUGGCUGCACAGAACGGCCUACAACAAUUUUGAACAUUUCUGUAGUUUUUGCUUAUUAUUUCACACUUAGACAGCAUUUUAUGUCACUAUUCGACUGUAAGAAUAAAUUUGUUUAAAUGUCAGAAGACCAUGAAGCUACUUUUGUCAUAAUUGUAUUGUGAAUUUGUGAUAUUAAGUAUUCAUUGAACCUGCAAACAAGCGUGUGAGGGAAAAAUAACGAACAUUUUAUUUCCUAAAAAUUAUUAAUUGUUAUUUGGCUGUAAAAACUUUGUAUUUUUAUUUAUUUAACAAGAGAUUAGUAAUUUUUGCAUUGUAAAAGCGUACAUACAUACUAGAUUUUUUAAGUUGAUGCCUAGUUUAAUAUAUAUCACCAAAGUGGUGUGGCGUCAUCUGUCACCAAUCCAGAGAUAACGUUCACAUUUUCUUUACGGAACUAUUUACAUAAUUGAACCAUUUGAUUAUCAAAUCACAUUGACGCCUCGCCAGACCCAGAGUUACGCCACAAUAAUGUACCUUAUAAUAAAAAAAUUGUUUAAGCUAAACACGUAUAAGGGCCCGUUGUACCAAAUCGUAUGUCAACAUCUGUAAUUCGUAAGAAUUUUGAUAAUGUAUAACAUUUACUAGUUCUCGCAUUGGCCAGUGGCAGCCGCCGUGACCAUCCUUGGUGUAAGUGACUUAGUGGAAUGCGUCGUGCAACUUGCCCUUACAUCCGUUUCAGGUUACAGUGUUGCUUAAUAGGCACCUAUUUACCACUUAAGGGCUCCAUAAGAUUAUGAGCUAAGAGUACUUUUACAUCUACAUAUUAAAUAAGUAAGCCGCUACUUAAUUUGUGUAUAACUACAAUAUUACCGUUUUUUGUAAAGUUCUAUCCAUCAACUUCGCUUAGAUUUCGUUACCUACAAUAUUUUACUGUACCAUUAUAAUUAGGACAUGAAAUACAAGUAUUUAGGCAAUGAAAAACAUUCAAAUACUUAACAUAAAAAAAUGUCCAAAUAAUAAUUACAUGGAUACAAAGCUGUAUUGAAAACGGAGCCUCUUAGGUAGUAAAUAUUUUAAACAAUCAAUGUAAACAUCUAGUGAUUGUAGCGAUAAUUUUAAUUAUAAAUUGUAUCAAUUAUUCACAGCUCAUGAUUUUCAUGAACCUUGCUAUAACUUGAUCAGCCCUGUAUACAACAUUAUGUCUUGACGAUUGCAAUUCUAUCCAAAAAGUUACAAUUCUAAUACAGUACAUAUAUCUAAGUCUGAGCCAAUAUUGAAGUGUUUACAGACUACUCAUUCUUUACAGAAGCAAACAUCUGUCUUUUAGCAGUGUAACGUAGAGUAUAUCCGGUGUCAUAUAGUGUUCUAGAUAGGCACGUAAACUAGAUGAAGUAACCACUGUGUCCCCAUCAACUCUCUGUUGUAUUUCUAAGAAUAAAUAUUUUUAUUGAUUCACAUUUUGCCUAUUCAUGUAUAAUAUACAAAAUACAAAAAUAGUUCUUAAA